UCGAAGCGCCGCCACACGCUGUCUGUGGUGCGACACCAUGUGGAAGGUGAUUGUGUGGCUUGGUGUGGCCGGCUCUCAGUUUUUUGCAAACGUCUUUUGCAGGUUGCCGACUGAACCCGACCUAGUCCAAGCGUACACCGACAUCGAGUACCAAGUGAGCGGCACGCAGUUCCUGCGCUGGAGUGUGGAGAUUUACGAGAACACCGAUGGAGACAGACGGCACAAGUGCGGCGGCUCGCUCGUCACGCCAUCUACCGUCAUAUCAGCCGCCCGCUGCUUCUGGGGGGAGGGAGCCGAGGGAGGCCCGCUGCCGGCCUCGCAGUUCACGGUGGCGCGCACCUACGGUGGACUCUCGAGCGGAACUGUGUGGGCGGCCGUGCAGAAGGCCAACGUGAGUGCGAUCCACAUUCCUCCGUCGUACCGCGACCGCGCGGGCCUGUACGCAGACGACAUCGCCGUGGUGGCGCUGAGCGAGCCGCUCGUCGGCGUCACGCCGAUAUGCGUCAGCUUCGAGGACACAUGUUUGGCUGACGGGAGCUACGGUCGCAACAUGGGCACGCUGCAGCUGGCGGGUCAGGGGCUGCCUUCGCCCCUGUUCACGGCGCUGGAGGUGCGCUACGCGUCCCGCGAGCGCUGUGCCAACGGCUCGGAGCCCUACUUCCUGGAGCAGCUCACUGAAGACAAGAUCUGCGCCGGAUUCAAACCAGGUGCCGGCGGCACGGCCGCGUCGCUGGUGUGCCGCGGCGACGCCGGCAGCGGGCUGGCGUCCUACAGCGGCGCCGGGCACGCCGCCGUCCCGCGCCUGCGCGGCGUCGGCUCCACGCCCUUCCCGGACCCCGGCCCGUACGGGACCGUCACCGGCUGCGCUACGUUCCGGUACGCCGCGUUCACACUCGUGUCGGCGCACCGCGCCUUCCUGCAGCGGCACGUCCCCGGCGUCGAGGCGGAGUGCGCGCGCUACUACACCACUGCCAGCGCCAGCGCCAGCGCCAACCCUGCCCAUGGCGAUCAAUGCAACUGUCAUUGUCACUGCUAG